UUAUGUAUAUACUACAGUUCGAUCGUCACUGUCAAAAGGAGUUGAUAGUCCGACUACAUCCAUAUCCUUGACGGCGUAGCUGACUGACUAUGGAUCUUUGGAAAAUGGAACUUCCCUGAACUUCACGACAUCCGUGCUUUUAAAUUGUGACAUUUUUUGAGAGAGUUAUGACGAAUGUUGUAAUGGUGUCUGGCAUAGUGACACAGAAACGGAUAUAACGGAGUUACCGUAGCGUUCAUGCCCUGAUUUUGUCCUGUGGCAGUUUACACCAAAAUUUGGCCAACAGGAUGCCCGGUGUAACCCUGCCUCCCUUGGGGCUACCGGUCACGACCGGUGUGCCUGACUCUAGGCCCUCCAGUCGCAGCAGCACUUCCAGCACAGUCUUCACCAGUGUUCCCGCAUGUCGUUUACGAUUAUUGUGCUUUCCAAAGACCAGCAAAGCAAGGCUAUAGCAUACGCAGACCAAUGCCCUCCAGACUACCAUCGUUACGGAACACAAAAGGGGGAUCUGUGCAGAAGCGACAUGGGUCAGUGAAUGAUGUGCGUUCCCGUUACUCAGCAAAAUACCGCCGUGGGUCUGACUUGGGGUCUCGUCUUACAGCCAGUUCUCCCUUUUUGCAAAAGUCAGCACCUGAGGAUUGUCUGAAAUGCAUGUUGAAAGUGUCCCACCGAAAAUGCGAAGCGCACAAGUACAUCCGUGUUGGAGGUGGCUACCGACACAGUUACUGGUUUGUAAAAUGCCUCCUGGAAGAACUAGAAUUACAGCGUCAACAAGAGCUUAUCCGCAAAGAAAGGUUGGAAGCUAUUCGAGAAAAAAAGGUUCGGGCUAUUCGGACAUACAUCAGAACCAAAAGCGGCCGACUCGUGGAGAGGAUUAUAUACCUGGACGAGGAAGAUUACGAGGCCUUCAAGUCAGGAAAAAAUCAGAAAGACAUUUUGGCCAAGUACUUAUCCAAGGACGAGGCCAAGCAGCUCGAUUCGUGGGACAAGGACGAAGUCAAAGCCAUUAAAACGUAUGUCAGAACAAAAAGUGGGCGAUUGAUUGAAAAACUAGUGUACGUGUCAAAAGACGAAUACAACGCUAUGCAGGAAGGUAAAGUGGACGCAAAAGAGCUUUUGAAGAAAUACAUCAAGCCGGAAGAUGGCGAAACCAUCGAGGGUUGGGGAGAACAGGAAAUGAAAACAAUAAAGACUUAUGUUCGGACUAAAAGUGGCAGAUUGAUUGAGAAAACUAUAAUGGUUUCUAAAGAGGACUAUGACGCCAUGAUGAAAGACGGAAAAGACCCAGCUGAAAUACUAAAGAAAUACAUGGCUGUGGGUGACGGUGAAAAAAUUGAAUCGUGGCAAAGUGCAGAGCCCAUGAAAUCAAUAAAGAUGAAAAUACGAACAAAAAGUGGGAGAAUUAUUGAAAAGACAAUCAUGGUGUCCAAGGAGGAUUACGAAGCUCUGACGAAAGGUGGCGCUAAUGCAGACGCUAUUUUGGGGAAAUAUAUGGACUCGGGUGAUAAUAUUGAAUCAUGGGAAAAGGCAGACACCAAGCCCAUGAAAGUGAUAAAAACGUAUGUAAGGACGAAAAGUGGUCGUCUUAUUGAGAAAACUAUAUUAUUAACAGAAGACGAGUACAAAGCUUUCCAAGAGCAAGGCGGAGAUCCCGAAUUCUUGAAAAAAUUCAUCAAGCUGGAAAAAGGAGAAGCGAUUGAGGACUGGGAGAAGGCUUCCACCGUUUAUGAAGCGUCAGAUGACGAAGAUGACGUUUUCAAAAAAGCCAAGGCGGGAACAAAGCUCAUUGGCAAAGACGGGACGGUGUAUGAGGUUGUGGUGGAUCCCUUGACAGGAAAGAAAUACAAGAA